AUGGCCAAAGCUGGCUUUCUACAAUUUAUAACUGAUGGACAACUUAAAGUUGAUGGACAACUUAUAGUUGAUGGACCACUGAUAGUUGAUGGACAAUUAAUAGUUGCUGGCUCACUUAUAGUUGAAAACCAAUUUAUAAUUGAUGUAUCAUUUGAUGGACCACUUAUAGUUGAUGGAUCACUUAUAGUUGAUUGUCCAUUUAUAGUUGAUGAAAUAUUUAUAGUUGCUGGACCACUUAUAGUUAACGGACCAUUUAUAGAUGAUGGACCACUUAUAGUAAAUGGACCAUUUUUAGUUGAUGGACUACUUAUAGUUGAUGGACCUCUUAAAGUUGAUGUACCAUUCGAUUGA